AUUGGAACGAAACCAAAGAGGUUAUGUGAAGUCCAGAGAGUAGCCGAGAGUCUGACGACGUUGAUUGGCUGGGAAUCUGGGAAUCCGGGAGGCAGAUAGAGUAGGGUAGGUGUUGAUAUAUUCAGACCAGACUCCCACGGUGUUGCCACUUUUACUUCGGCACGGCUAGUGACGACAUGCAGCCGUACGGCGCUUGCGUGUUACCUUGGUAGCGGAGCGUGGCAGAACCAAUCAGAGCCAACAUGCGCAGACAAAAUCAAAAUUCGUUCAUCCAAUGGUAUUGUUUAAGAAAGAGAAGCCCAAAUGGCUGAGAAAGGAGCAUAUUUAACUGGAACUGCAUUUACAAAGCCUUCCAUUUUUGAAAUUAUAGCACAAGAAUCAUUUGCAUCUACUGUUGAACCAGCUUUUAAGAAGAUUCUAUCGUUUAUUGUAUCAUUUAACCAUGGCAGGUACGAACAUGUUCUUAAAUGGGCCGAUGAAUGUUACUUGAUUUUUAAUGUAAUUCUUCAAAGAUAUUAUUUAAAAAAACAUUCUGCUUCCUUUUCUGAAGCGUUCUAUAGUUUAAAACGUAUAGCCAUAGAAAAUUCUUCAAAUCAGCGUGAAUUAUCAAAACAGCAGAAGGGGAUAUCUUUAAUAUUAUUAGUUCUAUUUCCUUACUUAAAAAAUAAGUUUUUUCAAUUAAGUCAAAGGUAUAAACUUGAGAAAAUAGAUGGUUAUUUACCACAGACGAAAUGGGAAAAGCUAUAUCGUAUAUUUAUUGUCAAAGGAUAUACAGUAACUUUCAUGUUAUACGAAUUCAUGGUACUAUAUAAUUAUGUACUUUACAUCUCUGGGAAAUCAGUGUUUACUUCACCACUUUUAAGACUGUUAUCUAUUUCUUUGACAUAUACCGAACCAAAGAUGGUAAUCAGUGUUUCUGAUUUGUUAAGAAAAAUAAAAAAUAAUUCCUUUGGUAUCAGCGAUGGUUUAGAUAUAUUUCAAAGAGUGGUGACUACGUCCCUCGAAUUUGGAGCAUUUUUCCUUCAAUUUUUAUCCUGGUGGAAUCAAGAACAUUACUUUACAAAUUUAAUGUCACUACCCGUUCCACCACCUCCAGUGAUUCCAGAAAUUGCAAAGAAAUAUAAAGGCAUGUGUCCGAUCUGUUGUAAGACGCCCAGGGUACACACGGUACUUUCAGUAUCUGGGUAUGCAUUUUGUUACCAAUGUAUUCUUUCUGUGAUACGCAAAAGUGGCAAAUGUCCAGUAACAAACUACCCUGCUAAGGAAGACGAUUUAAUACGUUUGUAUUUAGAUUAAAUAGCAAUGGAUAUUACAUGUAAAUAAAGAAUAUUAUUGUUUUCAAA